AUGUCGUUUCUGUCCAAGAUAUUCCGGCGCGGAGGAGGCUACGGGCCCGGAGCGAUGGCCGAAGCCCAGGACCCUCUGAAGAGCGGUCUCUCGUUUAGCGUCGACUAUGUGGGCUUCGAGAAUAUGGGCAAGGAGCCCACGGAAGUGUUCAAGGAUAGUGAGGUGGUCAUACAGCGACUCCUGGACACCGUGCAUCCGCCGUAUCGUCGUUUGUCGCUCAUCAUCUCCGACACGCAUUUAGUGGUUCUGCAGGCCCCCAAGGGCGCGAAUCGCGAGCUACAGAUGAUCAGCAACAUACCCAUUUAUCGUGUAUUCUACUGUGGCUCGCAUUCUGCCAUUGAGCAUGCGAACUCUGUGUGCAUAGUGGCCUACUCGCGCGAGUCCAAGGGCAUGAAGUGUCUCGUGUUCCUGUGUAACUCGGUCAAGAAAGCACAAGCAUUGGUCAAUGUGGUGGCCAAGGCCUUCCAGAACGCCUACAUGCACUGGCUCGAAGAGAGUAAGAAGAUCAAGAAGGCAAAGAGAGUGGCAGCCAAGGAAGCGGCCAAGAGAGACCAGGACGGAACUGCGGCGGCUGCCGGAGCAUCGGAUGAUGAAGACGCCGCACCUACACCACAGGCCCUUGCGCCACGUAUCGAGGUGGAAGAUGUGAGUGCUAAAGACAAAGUCCUUGCGGACCUUGGCAGCCUGGACAUCUCCGACACCGCUGACCUGGAAUCCGAACGCAAGGAGAUGCACAAAACGUUCAGCAAGCGUGCUAAGCUGACGCGGCCGGACGUCUUGGAUACCGGCAAACUGGACGUCAAGCCAACGGACGUGGACAUUACGUCGGCCCAGUCGUUCUCGGACCCCAUGCAGAGUGAAGGUGCGAGUCAGGGCGAUGGUGAAAGUCAGGGCGAUGGUGCAGGUCAGGCUGAGUCAUAG